UAAAAGUGUGGAAGUUCAUAUCUUAUUUAAACACGGUGUAUUUUAUUAAGUCGGCGAUACAGUAGUUCAUGUGUAAUGUAAUCUUUGCUAAAAUCAGCAAUGGCACAAUUAAACCCAGCGACCUAUAUCUUAAAACUACAAAUCGUAACAUUAAUCGGAUAAUAUUGGUUAGUAGAUUAAAUUGCAAAAUUGGCCAGCAUGGAUGAGACUGGGUUUGUGAUGUGUGGAGCGCUAGUUCACUCAACCGAUGCAGAACCACUUGAAAUAAUGCAACACAAAUGCAUUGGCGUCAAAGAAGGAAAGAUUGUUUUCAUUGAAAACGAAGAUGCACUCUCCGAGAAAAUAAAGGAGUUUGGAAUACCACAAACAGACAUAACAUAUCUGAAAAAGGGUCAGUUUCUGUGCCCUGGAUUUGUGGACACCCACCUUCAUGCCCCUCAGUAUCCCAACUGCGGAAAGGGGCUGGAUAUGGGGCUGCUGGACUGGCUUCAGACAUACACAUUCCCCACUGAGGCCAAGUUUAGCGACCUCAAGUACGCAGAUAUGGUUUACAGAAAAGCUGUGAGGCGGGUGUUACGGAACGGCACAACGACGGGCUGCUACUUCGCCACCCUACACACAGACGCCACACUGUUGCUCUGUGACGUCAUAAACGAAUACGGGCAACGGGCUUACGUGGGAAAGGUAAACAUGAACAUUGGUUCCCCGGACUUCUAUAUUGAAUCCUCAGUAGAAGAAUCUCUCUCAGAAACUAAAAGAUAUAUUGAAGAAGUUAAAAAACGAAAUUAUCCACAUAUCACACCCAUAGUAACGCCGCGGUUCGCCCUGUCCUGCUGCCAGGAACUGAUGUCCAAACUUGGUGAUCUUGCCAAGGCGUACGAUCUCCCAAUUCAGACGCACAUCUGCGAGACUCGAGACGAGGUCCGGAUAGUGGGCGAGACCUUCCCUGGGUGUGAAUCGUAUGCCGCGGUGUAUGACAAGGCCGGUCUACUUACAGACAAGAUGGUGCUUGCCCACGGAAUCUACCUCAGUGACAACGAGAUCGCGCUUAUCAAGGCCCGUAACUCUGCCAUCUCACAUUGUCCAAACUCCAACUUUUCAAUACGGAGCGGCGUACUUGAUUUACGGAGACUAGAAGAAGCAAGAAUCAAAGUCGGGCUUGGAACAGACAUAUCUGGUGGUUACCAUCCCUCCAUGCUGAACGCCAUACGUACUGCCGUGUUCGUCUCCAACAUCCAUCACAUCGAGGCUGAGCAUGCCAACUACAAGGCCCUGUCUGUUCACGAGGCAUUCCGACUGGCUACGCUAGGGGGCGCAAAAGCACUGGGCUUGGACAACCGUAUAGGGAACUUUGCUGUGGGUAAAGACUUCGAUGCCCUUCUGAUAGACCCGUCAGCGGACGGCUCGCAUGUUGAUGUAUUGCCGGACGACUCAUUCAGUGAUAGUGUGGACAAAUACCUCUACAAUGGCGACGAUCGAAAUAUCCUGUCCAUUUACGUUGCAGGAAGAAAGGUUAUAUCGUAGGAAAAUAUACCAUUACGGUUUUAGCGGUAUGAGAAACUGACGCUACGUUCCUGACUUACUAUGGCUACGUUCCUGACUUACUAUGACUACGUUCCUGACUUACUGUGGCUACGUUCCUGACUUACUAUGGCUACGUUCCUGACUUAUUGUGGCUACGUUCCUGACUUACUAUGGCUACGUUCCUGACUUACUGUGGCUACGUUCCUGACUUACUAUGGCUACGUUCCUGACUUAUUGUGGCUACGUUCCUGACUUACUAUGGCUACGUUCCUGACUUACUAUGGCUACGUUCCUGACUUACUAUGGCUACGUUCCUGACUUACUAUGGCUACGUUCCUGACUUACUAUGGCUACUUUCCUGACUUACUAUGGCUACGUUCCUGACUUACUAUGGCUACGUUCCUGACUUACUGUGGCUACGUUCCUGACUUACUAUGGCUACGUUCCUGACUUACUAUGGCUACGUUCAUGACUUACUGUGGCUACGUUCCUUAUAUACUGUGGCUACGUUCCUGACUUACUAUGGCUACGUUCCUCAUAUACUGUGGCUACGUUCCUCAUAUACUAUGGCUACGUUCUUCAUAUACUGUGGCUACGUUCCUCAUAUACUAUGGCUACGUUCCUCAUAUACUGUGGCUACGUUCCUCAUAUACUAUGGCUACGUUCCUGACUUACUAUGCUAUGUUCCUGACUUACUAUGGCUACGUUUCUGACUUACUAUGGCUACGUUCCUGACUUACUAUGGCUACGUUCCUGACUUUCUGUGGCUACUUUCCUCAUAUACUAUGGCUACGUUUCUGACUUACUAUGGGAACGUUCCCGACUUACUAUGGCUACGUUCCUCAUAUACUGUGGCUACGUUCCACAUUUACUAUGGCUGCGUUCCUGACUUACUGUGGCUGCGUUCCUCAUAUACUGUGGCUACGCUCCUGACUUACUAUGGCGAUUUUCCUCAUAUACUUUGGCUACGUUCCUGAUUUACUAUCGCUGCGUUUCUGAUACACUAUGCCUACGUUCCUGAUUUACGAUGACUACGUCCCUCACUUGCUAUGAAUACGUUCCUGCCUUACUAUGGCUACGGUCCUGACUUUUCAGUGUUGUCAAAUUCCUUUUGUGACAUUGCUGAGAACAACAUUAAAUAGAUUUCUUUACCGCUUACAUAAUUUCUUGUUAAUGAAAUUCACCAUAGUUAUAUUACCAAUCUUUUUGGACAUUUUAUUAAGUUGAUAGUUUAAUCUUUAAUAGUUUGUUGGGUAUUUUUUGGAUUUUUUAGACAUUUUUCCAAACAUAUUUACUUAGAAUAUAACUCCGACAAUCUUCAAUUACUGAUCUGUCGUAUUAUAGUGACAAUCAAAUAUUACUGUACUAGUAUUGUGUUAUUUUUAACUAGGUUGAGGUUGAAGGGGGCACACAAUAUGUUGAUACAAAAUAACUUUUACGACUUUAAUAAUAUAAAAAAAAACAUAUAAAGUUUGUACAGAUCCUUAAUAUUAGUUUUUAUUUAAUAAAUAGCCACGUGGGCAGAAAUUCCCGAGUUAAAGAAGCGCAAAAACAUCGUUAAUAUAUAUUUUUUAUCUGUGUACAAAUCAUGGAUUUUUUUGUUUCGAUGUUUAAAGGUUAAUGCGUCAAACAUGAUAGUGCAUUAAGAUUGAAUAUUAUUUUGUAUAAACCUAUAUAGUGCCUCCCAUGUGUACCGACUGUGAUCUUUAUAUGAGUUGUGUUUACUUGGCCAUUCCGCUACUAUACUUCUUCCGUAUGGUGUAUAUCAUGAUUAUUAAUUAAACAGAAUAAAUGUCAAUUAUAACAACGGAAUAAAUUAUUUAUA